AUCUAGGUCUUUAUCUAAUGUGAUUCAUUUCAACAUUCAAUAAUAUCACUUGAACGAGCCUAAACUAGACGUAGAAUUGUGAUAUUAUAAGGACAUUUAGUGAACAGCUAAUCAUGAGGAUGAAGGAACAGCCGGCAAUGAAGACCCUGUUGGCUCUCUUGCUAUGGUGCAUCAUCUGCCCUGAUGGCAAUGCUGAAGACAAUACAUGCUUCUCAGAGGUUCGUGUCAAGAGGAAUACUGUUUGGAAGGUUCUAGAGAUGAGCACCCUAAAACUCAGCUGCCCUGUGAAAUACUGUGACAAGCAACCUGUUAUCACAUGGUGCAAACUGGUGGACGUGGAGAACUGCACACCACUGGCUGAAAAUCCUAAUGUUAAAAUAUGGCAGCAUGUGCCAGUCAACACUGAAGGAAAUCUCACUAUAUCCUAUAUGGUGAUCCAAAAGAUAACAAAGUACGACAGUGGUUUAUAUAGAUGUGGUGCUUUUGACAGCACUGCUGGACAUUCAAUCACUGUUAAUGUCACUGGUAAGUGAAGUUUUUAUGUA